AUCAGCAAUAGAACUCAAGCUUUGGAAAGACCUCUCUAAUGGCUAGUCAAACGUCUCCUCCUUCAUGGCUUAUCCUGAUCAGCCUCACUUGUGCUCUGCUUAUUAGCUGCAUCAUAGCAUCUGACGGAGAUCAAAAGGUUUACAUUGUGUACAUGGGUGACCGCCCCAAGGGUCAUCUCUCUGCAUCAUUCCUUCAUACGAGAAUGCUACAGGAAGUUGUUGGCAGUAGGGCAUCAGAAUCUUUACUGUAUAGCUACAAGAGGAGCUUUAAUGGGUUUGUAGCAAAGCUGACAAAGGAAGAGAUGGAGAAGAUAGCCGGCAUGGAAGGAGUAGUGUCAGUGUUCCCUAAUGAAAAGAUGGAACUCCACACAACAAAGUCAUGGGACUUCAUGGCCUUCACACAACAAGUUCCAAGAAGCCAAGUUGAAAGCGACAUCAUUAUUGGAGUGUUUGACACUGGGAUUUGGCCUGAAUCUGAUAGUUUCGAUGGCACGGGAUUUGGUCCGAUUCCAAGCAAAUGGAGGGGCUCUUGCCAAUUCUCCUCAACAGAUUUCACUUGCAACAAUAAAAUUAUAGGAGCUAAAUACUUCCAUAUAGGAAGACCAAUCCCUGCAGAAGAUUAUGCUUCACCAAGAGAUAGAAAUGGUCAUGGGACACACGUUGCAUCUACAGCAGCAGGGCGCGUAGUGAACGACGCAAGCCUAUUAGAGUUUGGCAAGGGUACAGCAAGGGGAGGGGUUCCCUCGGCUCGGAUUGCUGUGUACAAGGUAUGUUGGAGUGAUGGGUGUUCAGAUGCGGAUAUCCUUGCCGCAUUUGAUAAUGCAAUUGCUGAUGGAGUUGAUAUAAUCUCACUUUCGGUUGGACGUGGCGGGGAGUCACUUCCCUUGAAUUACUUUGAAGAUACCACUGCCAUUGGAGCUUUCCAUGCUAUGAAGAACGGAAUACUCACAUCCAAUUCUGCCGGUAAUUCAGGUCCUAUUUAUGGAAGCAUCAGAAAUUACUCACCAUGGUCUCUCUCAGUGGCUGCUAGCACCAUAGACAGAAAGUUUGAGACCAGAGUUCAGUUGGGAAACAACAUGUUUUAUACGGGAGUCUCUAUAAACACGUUUAACGUCGACUAUUCAUACCCUCUAGUUUAUGCUGGGGAUGUACCGAAUACUCAAGCGGGUUUUAAUGGAGACCUUUCCAAGUAUUGCAACACGACAAACUCAUUGAACAUACUUUUAGUGAGUGGUAAAACCGUUCUAUGUGAACAAGAUGGUAACGGAACAGUAGUAUUCCGCGCCGGUGCGGUCGGUACCAUAACGACGUCCAAUGGAGGCUUCACAGAUUCCUCCCGUUCUUACCCUUUGCCUGCCUCCUACUUUGGUUGGAACGAUGCCGCUCAGGUUUAUAAUUACAUAAAAUCAGCAAGUAAUCCUACCGCAAUUAUAAGGAGGAGUAUCGAGACUACAGACCAAUUGGCUCCAUAUGUUGUUUCAUUUUCAUCAAGGGGGCCAAACCCAAUUACAAGGGACAUUCUCAAGCCUGACUUAAGUGCUCCCGGAGUGUACAUUCUUGCUGCAUGGUCACAGGGUACCAGUGUAACGGGAAUUCAGGGAGAUCCAAGAGUAGUUCCAUACAAUAUAAUCUCGGGCACAUCCAUGUCUUGCCCACAUGUAACCGGAGUAGCUGCGUAUGUGAAAUCUUUUAACCCUGGAUGGUCUCCUGCUGCUAUUAAGUCUGCUCUUAUGACAACUGCGCUUCCAAUGAACAGUGCCAAUAAUCCUGAUGCCGAGUUUGCAUACGGGGCAGGUCAUAUUGAUCCAUUAAAAGCAGUAACACCUGGUUUAGUAUAUGAUGCCGGACAGCUUGACUAUGUGAAAUUUUUGUGUGGCCAAGGUUAUAGCACCCAGGCAUUGCAAAUUGUCACUGGAGACAGUAGCAUUACUUGCUCUGCAGCCAACACUGGAACUGUUUGGGAUCUAAAUUAUCCUUCUUUUGCCCUGACUUCUCAGAGUUACCAACCCAUCACCCGUGUCUUCCACAGGACCAUCACAAAUGUUGGUUCACCGGUGUCCACUUAUAGGGCAAUUGUGGUAGCCGCCACAGGCCUUCAGAUCCAAGUUGUGCCGAAUGUCCUUACAUUUAACUCACUAGGUCAAAGCCAGUCCUUUGUGGUUACUAUCACAGCCACAUUUAUAAAUAAUAAUGUAAUGUCUGGGUCAUUGGUGUGGGAUGAUGGGGUUUAUAAAGUGAGGAGCCCCAUUGUCGCACAUUCUUCUUAUGUGGCACAUUCUUCCUCUUGAAAAUUUAUAUAUGCUUGCACCGGCCAUAUAUAAGCUCUUAUGUACGAGCAUGUUUCCUAGCUACAAAAUGAAAUAAAAUAGAAGCAUGGUGUGUUUUGGAUCACAAUGAAGAAA